CAAACAUGAGCUUCAUCUCAUAAUAACGGACCUCCAUUUCAUCGAUGCUAAACUCGUGAAUAUCAUCUAAUCCGAGCCGUUUUUGUUCGUUUCAAAGUUCAAGGAUAGAUAGCAAAAUGAAUGUGUCUUUCAACAAAAAUACGAUUGGUCAUUCAGAUCACGUAUGGCCCUUUCAAUCAGUGAAGACUUCACCUAUCACUACGAAUACCGAAGCGACACCUAAAGUUCCUUCCAAUAGAAAGAAACGAGUGGCAUGGUCGAAGAAGGUAAGUGCAAUUACAUUGUGAACUUCCACUCCUGGAAUCCAAGAACUACUACUUUUUUCACACUGGAUCGUAUGUUCUCAACCAUUCGAAUUGUCUCCUUGUUAUGACGAUCUACCGGUACCGUUUGGCUUUUCUCUGUCGAAGGAGGAUGAGUUUCUCAUGGCGUCGGUGAAAAGAUUCGGAGGCGGCGAUGUAAAAUGGCCCCAAAUUGCCGUUCAAAUAAACAAGGCUUUUCAUGUCACUAGAAACGGCAAACAGUGUCGAGAACGUUGGCUUAAUCAUUUGCGUCCAAAUAUCAAAAAAGGCAAGUGGACAGGACAUGAGGAGGGGAUGAUCGAAUACUUUUACAACAAUUUCGGCCCAAAGUAAGUAAUGAUUGCAUCAUUUGAAGCUGUGAUCAGUAUACUUCACAGUGUUCCUCUGCAGAAUCAGUGGGAAAGAACUAACCAAACGUAAUACCACCUGUUUUUCUACAGGUGGUCCACUAUGUCGAAGCUAAUGAAGAAUCGGACCGAUAAUGACAUUAAAAACAAAUGGAAUUCAAUGAAGCGGGCACGUGAAAGAAAGAAGGCUGAAGUCAGUAGCGCUAUCAUGACUGAUAAUGAUGAGGCUUCUAGACGAAUCGUGAUGCGUGAAAUUCGUACUAAUACACAAUCGAAGAUUGGAAAAAUGCCUCCGAAAUCAUUGGAAAGAGCUCUUACGUCAGAAAAUAUAAACGGUGGUGAUCGCACUGAAAAUUUACCUGUUCUCGCAGACUGUGUGAACGAGGUGUUCGAAAUCUGAUGUAGAUGAAAGAGCAACCGUUUGCAUGAUUCAACUUUCGUCAAAAUCGACCUAAGAAUCUUCGGAAGUACAUAUUCAUGUAUAAAGAAUCGAACUGCAAAUAAUCAUGGAAGUAAAUA